AUGAAUUAAAACAAAUAAUAACUAGUGCACUUAUACUAACUAUGGCCGUCGAAUAAUAGAUUCCUUUGUCGAGGUCGCUUAAUGACAGGACCGAGCGCAGAUCACACAACGAAUUUAAUUACAUGGAUAUUAAUCCUGUUGAUUGGUGCCCCAUUUAUUGUCUACAUCUCACCCCAGAUUUGGAUUGUCUUACAUCCCUCUCUCCCAAUCAUCUCGUAUGUCAUGUAUUUCAGCUGUGUGCUAUUCCUGUUUCUAACUUAAUUCACUGAUCCAGGUAUUAUACCUAGAAAAGACAUCAUUGAAAAAAUGAAAGACGAGAAUCUUCUGCAUUUAAUACCAACCGAAGCUGAUAAUAGUAAUUAUAACAUUAGAAUCUGUAUUACUUGUAUGAUUAAGAAACCUCCUCGUUCUAAUCAUUGUGCAGAAUGUGAUAAUUGUGUGGAUGUAUUUGAUCAUCAUUGUCCCUUUGUUAACAAUUGCAUUGGCAAACGUAAUUAUGCUUACUUCAUAUCCUUCAUAUCCACCCUUACUAUGGCAGCCAUCUCAUUUGGAAUUGAGUUUUUAUGUUUCGUUAUCCUCAUUGCAACAAACGAUGAAAAAGUUCAGCAAAUUCUGAUCAUUAUUUUGAUGGUUCCCUUUGGAAUAUGCAUACUGCUAGUCUUUGGUUUACUUGUAUUUCAUAUCUUUCUCAUUAUCACUGGAAAAACCACCAAAGAACAACUCAAAAACAUUGAAAUGGAUUCAACUAAGAGAAAAUGCGAAAGAACUAAGAGUCUCUUCAAUUGCAGAUUGAUUGUUGAAAAAUAAAAAUAUGAUCAAAUUAGAUAUGAUUAUGAACUGGUCGAUGUUAAUCCAAUCAUAAUCCCAGCUUGA